AUGGACAACAACGAAUCGUUCGAACGGCCACCGUCGCUGCCUCAACAACCGGCGAGACCACUUAAAGCCAUCUACACGGUCUUCACAUCACCGCAUCAUGCGCCGAUGCCCAACCAUCUGCCGACGUUGAUUGUUACACCUCAUGGCCAGCCCAACCAGAUCCUUUACACGUAUCUGCAUACCGAGGAGAACCGCGUCAACUACCUUCUCACUCCGUCUCCCCAGGGAGACCUGUGCGUUGCUAAACUCUUCCCGCCCCCUCGUACCGGAGCCACAUCAUCGGCUAGCCUGCCUACCAUGUCGGUCAAGCACAAUGUGGUGCGAUGUGAAGCGUCGCGCGACCUCAAGUGGACGAUUGAGAACACUGGUGUCAUGAACCCAACCUACAAGAUUGUCAAUCAGGAUGAUACACCACUGUAUCAGAUUUCGAAACCGAACCCUCACGCCGACUGGUGGACCAUGUUCUACUUCAAGUACGCCGGUCACCAGAUCCCGCCCAAGCGAGUAGAGUUUGGAAAGGUGUCGAAGAACCCUCCCGAGAAGGGCGGUGGCACCCGCAUCACGAUUACCGGCAGGAGUGAGGAUGAGAAGGCGGUUUGGCAGACGCUCGGCGUUGGGAACGAGGACUGUGUCGAGUGGGUCGUUUGCUGUGCCUGUUUGAACCUGCUGGAUGACCAGAUUCUCAAGGCCGCUGAGCGCAAGCAGACCGGCGCCGGCCCCGCAUCCACCGCUCCGUCGCCCAUGGCCCACUCACCAGCGGUCAGCGCCCGCGCCAGCCCCGUCUCGCAGCGUUCUAACGGAUACCCGAACGGCGGACAGGGCCGGAUGGGUCCCGGCAUCGCGUCGACGGCCGGACCAGGCAUCGCGUCCACCGGCCCGCCGGGAGGAUACAGGCAACAGCCGCCGAUGCAGCGCCCGCCUCCUCAACAGCAGCAGCAGCAAUACCGCGGACCUCCCGGCGGAAUGCCCCCUAACGGUGGUGGUGUGCACAUUCCGCCUCGAGGAGCAAGCCAGCAGAUGAUGCGCGGCCACCCCCAGCAGAUGCAGCAGGGCCCGGGAAGGCGGUUCUAA